AUAAAUCUUAUACACAUAUCUCGCAAACAUAUUUCACAUUCUGUUAGAGUAAUUUAUUUAACAACCUGAUAAAAGUGUAACUUACGGAUCAACUGGUUGAAGCUAUCAAAGGAAGAUGUAUGCAAUUUUAGUUGAGUAUUACUUUUAGAUAGUCUUUUUUAUAUAUUGUUUAGAAAUGAAGAAGAUGAAGCUGCAUUCCGUCCUACAAUUGCUAUGAUCUUCUACUGAGUGCCUAUACAGUGAUCAUGGUUAGCGUUGGGCUUUCUUCGGGGAAUUCUUCCCACUCUGAUACUUCAGACGUUUCUGAAUUAAGGGCCAUUCUUCGAGCUGAUUCCAAAGACAAGCCCGCCAAGAAAAUUAAUGCGAUGAAAAAAAUAAUAGCGAACAUGUCAAUGGGUUAUAAUAUGAUUCCUCUUUUUCCUGCUGUAGUAAGCUGCAUGGAGACUAGCAAUGUCGACUUGAAGAAACUAUGCUACCUUUUUCUGAAAAGUUUCGCAAGUAUUAAUCCUUCCGAAGCGACAAAAGCCAUUCCAGUCGUGCUUAAAGGCGUACAAUCUUCAAACCCAGUCUUACGUGAUUUUUCUUUAAAAACAUUGACUUCGAUUCAUAUUAAAAAUUUUUGGAUUGCUUCACUUGAUCCGGUAACUCGCCUACUGGAUGAUGUUGAUCCAUAUGUGCGAAAAACAGCAAUUAUGGGAGUUGCUAGGCUCUACUCUUAUGAUAAGAAGAUUGUUGAAUCUUCCGGAUUAAUAAGAAGCAUUAAAGAAAUGCUGAAUGAUGAAUCAUCUCUUGUUGUUACAAAUGCUUUAGCCGUCCUUAUUUCUAUUGUUCAAUCAUCAGAUGUAUUUAAACUUACUCUCACUAAAGAAGUAACAACGAGGAUAAUUGAGUGCUUGAAUGAUUGCUCAGAAUGGCUACAAACAAUCAUUCUCGAUUCUCUUAUAUAUUAUGUUCCACAGAAACCCGGAGAAGCCGAAAGCUUUGCUGAACGGAUUUCACCUUGGCUUCAGCAUGGCAACACAGCGGUGUGCAUGGGAACUAUAAAAGCUACACUUUACUAUAUAAAUUAUAUGAAUGACGAAAGUAUAAUCCAAGAUCAUUUGAGAAAGGUUGUACCACCUUUAGUGACUUUAUUAGCCAGAAAAUCUUCAGCAACUCAAUAUGUUGUUUUACGCAAUGUGGAAAUAAUACUGAACGCAUAUCCGGAGAUCUUUCAAUCGAGUUUACACUUUUUCUUUUGUCAUUUUGAUGAUCCUGCAAUUGUUAAACUCGAAAAGUUUAGUAUAUUGUCGAAACUAGCAAACGAGGAGAAUCUUGAUCAAAUCCUACCAGAGUUCAUGGAAUAUGCUUCAGAGAUCGAUGUUGAACUGUCAAGGAAAUCUGUUCGGUAUAUAGGUCACUUGGCUGUAAAAAUCGAAAGCCGUGCCGAUGAAUGUGUUAACUGUCUUGUCGAAUUGAUCAAUACGAAGAUAAGCUAUGUGAUACAAGAAGCUGCAAUUGUCAUCAGGGAUAUUUUAAGAAAAUAUCCUACUCGUUACAAAUAUUUAAUAUCCAUUUUAUUAAAGAAUAUGGAGUUUUUCGAUGAGCCCGAAGCAAAGGCAGCAUUUAUUUGGUUACUUGGUCAUUAUGCGGAGUCAAUUGAAGACUCACGCAUGUUGUUGGGGGAAUAUGUGGACGGAUUCUUAUACGAACCUUUAGAAUUGCAGUUGACUAUAUUGACGGCAGCCACAAAACUGUUUUUGAAGAUGCCAGCUGCUGGUUCAGAAAUGGUCACCAAAGUUUUGCAACUGUGUACUGAGGAAAUACAAGAUCCAGAUUUGCGCGAUCGGGGCAUCAUAUAUUCUCGGAUGCUAUCAACAAAUCCAGAUCUUGCAAAGAAGGUAAUUUUGACGAAUGCACCUCCUGUGGACGUGGAAGCCGAUGCAUAUGACCCAGAAACGAGUGAACAGCUUUUGCUAAACGUAGGUACCCUUUCAUCUGUUUAUCAUAAACCACCAAAUCGGUUUGCACAGGGUUCUUUCCCACAAUAUUUGGAGCCAAGUCCAGUUUUACGAGAGCAUGCCACUUCAGCUGCAGAUUCGACAGACGAUUUACAGUUGGAUUAUGAUCUACCGUCGUCGGGAUAUAUGAUUGAAAAAUAUGCGUCCAAAAGCGAAGGCGACGUAUACUCUGGAGGACUGUGGAGUCAGACCCCCGUUAGUGAGCAUGGGCCAACUCCACAGACCGAAUACGUAUCAAAUAUUCAGUUCUUAGCAGAAAUGGAAAACCAGGAUAUACCUAUGAUUUCCAAAGAUUAAUGAAUUAAUGGUGAGCAUUGACAUGGUCUCAAUUACGGAAAAAUAGAAUAAUAAUAAUAAUAUGUUUGUCGUUUCCUUUUCUUUUCGUAAGCUAAGCAGAUGGA